GGGGCGCCGGGCGGCCGCGGCGGGUGGCUGCCGGCUCUCCCCCAAAGUUUUUGGAUCCGCGUCUCCUCAUGAUGUAUGGAUGAUAUAUUGCAUUGUGGGUGUCAAUAUAACUGACGGCCAUAUUUGCCGGUGCUGCUACUGCUGUAAACAACCCAAAGUGUCUGGGAGACACGGAGACGCUUCGUUGAAUUUCAGGACGCUUCUCCUCCUCCCGCUGGCCAUGUCUCUGGGAAUGUCUUACAAGCCCAACUUGAACGCCCACAUCCCCGGGACUCCCCUCAACCCGGCUGGGAGUGUUCACUCUCCCUCCACAAGUAUGGCAACAUCAGCACAAUACAGACAGCUCAUAAACGACUAUGGCCCCCCAUCUCUAGGCUACACACAGGGGAUGCAGGGCACCAGCAGCAGUCAAGUACCACAGAGCAAAUAUGCAGAACUUCUAGCUAUCAUAGAAGAAUUAGGAAAAGAGAUUAGACCUACAUAUGCUGGGAGUAAAAGUGCGAUGGAGAGGCUAAAAAGAGGCAUCAUCCAUGCUAGAGGAUUAGUUCGGGAAUGCCUGGCCGAGACGGAACGAAAUGCAAGAUCCUAGCCCACGGGUUCAGCUGCAAGGUUUUCCAUCUCUUCAUGAAGAAAAAAGUAACACUUCUUCUUUUUGACUCUUGAAACAUUCAAACUCCUUUAUUUUGAAUGUUUUACCAUUCUUGUUUUGCCCUUGCAAAAAUGUACAGUGAAGAAUGGAAAAAAAAACCCAAGGAUUUUUCAACUUACUGAGGGUUUGCAUUUUCUAAAGACGUCAAAACUCCCUAAAAUGUUUCUAGAACAUGGAAACUGAAGUGCAUGCAGAGGAAUGCUCUUUCUCUCCCAGGCUCUAUUUCAGUUCUCUUUUUAUCCAGCCACAGCCUCAUUCUGUUUUUUUCUUUUUCCUUUGACUAUGUUCACUUAUCCCCAAAACGUCAAUCUUUCAAAGUUUGACAUAAGCUCUAAGGAUUUUUUUUUUAAUAAAUGCAGAAUAGCAUGCUGUACCUAGUAGUCUGCUAAGUCACAAUUUGUCAUACAGCAUAGACCCUGCUUAGAAAUAACCUUCCCCUUCUCUUAUUUUUCCUUUUUUUGUUCAUUUUGCAUAAACAUUUGCAUGACUGUUAGUGCUUUGAAGUCCACUUAAAGUGCAUGAGCUAUAUGGAAAAUAGGGAAACCUAUUAAAUAAUAACAAGGUCCUGGAAAGCUAAUUUCUACAUUAAGGCUGGAGAUUUCAGUUUAAAGUUUGCAAAAAAAAAAAAAAAAAGAAAAAGAAACACUCUGGAUGAAUACUAAAACUGUUAUUUGCAUCUUUGUAUGUAUUUAUUACUUGACGUAAUAAAGCUUAUUUUCAUUAACAGUU